AUGUCCGAAACAACCUCGGCCGUGAUCGUCACCACCAGCAUAAUUGCCUUCAUCACCGGCUUCGGGCUAGGCGUCUGGACGAUCCGCGGGUCGCUGAUCCCACCGAAGCUGGCCGUUGAGCGGCGCGCCAACUUGCACGACCCCAUAGAGAGCGAAGAAUCCGACGUCGACGAGGAAGAGACGCUGCUCGACCACGCGCCAAACUGGGCCAACAGCGAGGAGGCAGACCGGCGGCAGGGGCUGCGGCCGAGGGCUGCAGCAGCAGGAUCAGCAGCAGCACCACCACUGUUCGGCGGCCAGGAGCCACAGUUGAGGAUCAACCCCAAUGAGGAGUGCAAAUUGGUGCUGGUAGUGAGGACUGAUCUAGGGAUGACCAAAGGCAAAAUCGCCGCGCAAUGCUCCCACGCCACGCUAGCGUGCUACAAAACCCUCUCCCGUGCCGCCCAGCAAACCCCGCAGUCCCCCGAGGCCCAGAUUCUGCGGCAGUGGGAGCGCCUGGGCCAGGCCAAGAUUGCGGUGCAGGUUAAGAACGAGGACGAGCUGUUGGCGCUCCUGGCUAAAGCGCGCAGCCUCGGGGUGACGGCUGAGGUGAUCUCGGACGCCGGGCGGACGCAGAUCGCGUCGGGCAGCCGGACAGUGCUGGGUGUCGGCCCUGCGCCCAAGAGUCUUGUGGAUUUGGUUACGGGGGGGUUGAAGCUUUUAUGA